AUGACUUGUAAGCGGCGUAAUGGAGGGCGCUCCAAGCAUGGUCGUGGUCACGUAAAGCCAGUUAGAUGCACAAAUUGUGCUAGAUGUGUCCCAAAAGACAAAGCUAUCAAAAAGUUUGUUAUCCGUAACAUUGUAGAAGCCGCUGCUGUAAGAGAUAUUACUGAAGCGUCAGUAUAUCAAGCUUACGUACUCCCCAAGCUCUACGCGAAGCUCCACUACUGCGUAUCCUGCGCUAUUCACAGUAAAGUAGUACGUAAUAGAAGCAAGAAAGAUAGGAGGAUUAGGACUCCGCCCCAGAGAAACUUCCCUGGUCGCGAUAACAACAGGCCUCAACAGCAAGGUGCACCCAGAAAGUAAAAUGUUCCAUUUGUUUUACAAUAAAAUAAAAUAGAAAAUCUCAAUUUGCUGUUUUUAUUGAAGUUAUUUUCUCCAGCUAAGAUUUUCUAGAAAAUAUUUCACUCUUUUAGGGAUAAAAAUUGUCUUCUAUUGUACCCAUAUUUUUUUCAAAAUAGUUAUCCAUAUGAAAACAAG